AUGUCUAGUGACAGCCAAAUAGAGCGCGUUAAUGAUGUUGUGAUCAUUGGGGCGGGAUUUUCAGGCUUGACCAUGGCCUGCCAGCUACAGCGGAAACUGAACCAUUUCGACUAUGUUAUCUACGAACGGAGUGCGGAGAUAGGUGGCACGUGGUGGGCGAAUAAAUAUCCUGGAUGUGCUGUGGAUAUUCCAGCCGCUUGCUACAGCCUAUCUUUUGCACCUAAUGCGGAAUUCACGAAAUUUUUCCCAAGUCAGAAAGAAGUGCUCUCAUACAUCUGGAAGGUUGCUGACAAGUACAAUGUUCGCCCUCAUGUAUUCUGCAACGUAGAAUGCGAGGGGGCGUUGUGGAAUAAUGAAAGAAAGCGGUGGUUAGUAAAGCUGCGAGACUCGAUCUCUCGGUGUACCAUCCUCCAGGAAUGUAAGAUCUUGAUCUCUGCGGUCGGCGCCCUGGUCAAUUCAAAGCCUUUCAGUCUACCGGGAACAGACCUGUUUCAAGGACCGAUUAUCCACACCGCGAGGUGGCCGCAGGAUGCUGUUGUACGUGGCAAGAACGUUGUUGUGGUUGGGAAUGGGGCUUCGGUAGCCCAAUUGAUACCGUCCAUUGCCCAGGAAGCCAGGUCCAUUGCCCAGUUUAUAAGGACCCCGCAUUACUACAUUCCUAGCAGGAAUGUCGAUAUUGGAUCCGCGUGGAGAAACUUGUUCUUAUAUGUACCCGGGGUUCUGCUCAUCUUGAGGUUAAUUAUUUUCCUGUAUCUUGAAACGGCCUCUUUUAUGUUUGGCCUUGAUGCAAGGAGCAAGAACCUCCGGCACCAUUAUGCGGACCGGAGCAAAGAAUACGUUCGACGUGUGGCACCUGAAAAAUACUGGCCCUUACUUCUACCCCGGUACGAAUUGGGAUGCAAGCGGCGAGUGUUCGAGAACCAGAAUUACAUGAAAUGCCUACAGGAAGACCACGUCUCCCUCACAGACGACCCAAUCACUGCUGUUAAGAAGCAUUCAAUUCUGACAAGGUCGGGAAAAGAAUACCCUGCCGAUGUGAUUGUAUUGGCCACGGGUUCCUCCCUCACACAGUGGGAUACCAAUAUUUAUGGUCGCGACGGACGUUCGCAGUCAGAUCACUGGAAAUCUUACGGCUGUAUAGAGGCCUACCAUUCAAUUGCAAUGUCUGGGUUCCCCAAUUUCUUCUAUAUUCUGGGACCCAAUUCCGGUAGAGGCCAUACCUCGAAAAUAUAUGCGAUUGAGAGCUAUACCACUCAAGUCCUGCGGAUUGUUACCCCAAUACUAAAAGGGCAGCGGAAAUCUGUGGAGGUGAAGCCUGAAAAAGAAAAGGAAUACCACGAGAGGCUUCAGCUUGAAAUUGAAAAAACCGUAUGGGCAACCUCAUGUGCGUCGUAUUUCAUUGACUCUGAGACUGGGAAAAACUGGUUUAUUUACCCAUGGAGUUCUUUCCGAAUGUGGUACACAACUCGGCUGGGGAGUCUCGAGGACCGGACAUAUGAGUAA